AGAGAACAGCGUAUUGACGCUAUUGGCUGCUACUCACUGGUCCUUGAGUUUAAUUUGGCCAUGAGGCUCUCCAGUGUCCUCUCUCCUCCACCAUGAUCUUCCUACUGCUCUUCCCUGUCCUGGUCUUAGGUGAAAUUCAAUUACAAAGCAAUGUAUCAUCCAACGUAACAUUUGAAGAUGAUGAAAGUUUCGAUGUCAUUCCCCAGUGCAAUGAGCUAGGGCAAGGCAGCUACAGCAUGUGCUGGGAAAUGUUUCACACUGAAAUGAAAGACAUCAACAAGGAACUCUGGUGUGAAUGGGACCAAGUCAUCAGACCAUACGAUCAGCUGACCAAAUGUAUCGAGAGCUGGACCACCUACUUAGGAUGUUAUUUCCCGAACCAAGUGGUGCAAGACUUCUUCAUCCAGAUCCAUUCCCACUUCUUCCAGGCAUGUCCAGAGGAGGAGCAGUUAUUUCCUGAUGCCCCCUCGGGCGUUGUGCUUACCCUUACCCUCAUUCCAGUCAGUCUCAUCCCCAUUCUGGUUUUCCUAGUGGUCUGGAAGAGCAAGAUCAGGCACUAAGUUGGGAAUGUUGAAUAUGUGCUGUUUGAAUGUGUCUUAGGUCCCUUCCUGAAACAGCCCCUAACAAUAAUUCCAAGUAUUUUCUAAUAAUGUGUUUAUUUUUAAAAUAUUUAUAUUGUAUGUAUAUUAAGAUUGUUUCUAUUUGUAAUGUUACAAAAUACAUUUACUUAUUUCUUAAAAUAAAAAUUAAAAUAAA